CAAAAACCCAUCUGAUAUUAAUCUUUUUUUUACAAAGCUGUUAUAUGAAAUAACAACUCACUGAGAUUUAAAAUCAAAUUCCUAAGGGAUCAUAACACAUUUUAGGGAAACUUAUCUUUCAAGUAAGGAGGAUAUGCUAUAACUUCAUGAAUAUUAUCUAACAAACAUUCUCUGACAUUUAGUAGCAUCAACCAGCUUUACGCAUCAAAUUUUAGAACAUUCUUAUAGUAUUGACAAUAUUGAAUGUAAUAAGUAUUAAAGGAAUCAUAGAUUUUUGGUUUUAAUUAUUUGUAAGUUUGUUACUUCUAUGCCGUAUUUUUAAGGGGAUUACAACUAGUAAAGAAAAGGCCAUCAGUUGAUUUCGAUUCAUCUAGUUUUCAUAAAAUCUUGAUUAUAUCACAAAUCUUUAUCUACCUUUUUCUGAUAUGUUUGCUGCUUGAACGCUUGAUACUAACGUUCUAUGUGGUUUGGAGAAUCCUUGAAUACUCGUACACUUAGGCUCUGAACAGUAGAGAACAGACGCGAAGUAAGGAUAGAAGUUCUACUUCAAGGUUAAUUUAUGUAUAUAAAACAAGCUUAUCUAUGACUUUUCGACUGUUCUUAUCCCACUAGAGGCUUCUGAAAAACUUUUUAAAUCAUUAGCAAAAUGCGAUACUUGAACAAGAUUGCCGUACGAAAUGUUGAAGUUAUUUUAAUUUUAAUGGUUGAGAUUUUUUCAGAUAUCGUUUCCUUAUUAAUGUCCUCUCUUUCUUUAAUGAUAAAUACGUGUUUUGGUUCAGAAUCCAAUCGAUCAAAUUUAGUUUCAACACAAUUUACUAAAUGUCAUCAAAAUCUGCCACUACUCAAGCUGUUUUUACUGUUCAUGGAACCAGUAACUGACUCAUUCGUAGUAUGUUCAUAUUGUUUAGAUUUCAAAGAUAAUCGUUACAGGGAACGUAUAAAUAGAAUGAUAAACUGUUACAAAUCCAAGUAGUAGCAUCUCAAAAAUGUUUAGUGACAAAUAAUUAUGGUUCCUUUUAAAAUAGUUUAGGAUUGUAUCUUAUGAAACACCAUAGAUAACCCAAAUCAGAGUAACUGGUUUCCUCUGAAACUAAGCUAAUUAUGUCUGAUUAAUUUACCUCACUCUACAGUUUAGUAAUGACGUUUUAUUCAGUCAGGCAUUUGUAUUCACUUCAACUGUUGAGAUCGUACAGAUAAUGAAUGCAAUUAUUUCAGUUUGUAACUGUUUUUAAUUCUUUCUGCACAUAUUUUCCCUUGAUAAUUAACUUUCAUUUACAAAGUAGUAGCCUGUGUCCCAUUUUAGUUUUAUUCAACUUAUGCUAACAAUGUUUACCAAUUUGCAAAACAAUCCUUAGAGUACAUCUUUUAUAUUCCUCUUAAAAUAAACUGUCAUUUAAUAUUGCACCAAACAGUAAUGCACAUAAUUUCUACUCACUCGUUUCCUAUUUUUUUUCUCUCCAUUUUUCUCCCCUGUAAAUAUCAUCUGAUUUCAACAACAAUCAAAUACAUUUAUGGAUAUAUCAUCGUUUGUUGCUGCACAUGUAAUUACAUAUGUCUACUUGCCUUUCGUAUACAUUCAUCCAAUCACUUAUAUUUCAUUCAUUAAACUCACUUUAUAUUAAAAUUAUUUCACCUAUUUGGUUUUACCAUAAUAUCCUUCGCUAAAAAUGGGUUGUUAUUAUUACAUUGCACAAUCUUCAAUAAUGUUGCACAAUUUUACGCCUGUUAUCUUUGCUGAUAUUUUAUUGUUGGAAUCAACAAUGUCAAAAUGAUUGAAAUCGCAAACUAUUAUAUAUUGUGAUGUCAUUCAGGGAUAUUUGUCUUCAACACUUAAACCGGCUGGAAAGAAUGGAAAACUCACAGCACCCGUCGGUUUUGUAACUUUCGAAUCACGAGAACAAGCUGAGGAAGCAAUGACAAAACUUCAGGGUGUGAAAUUCGAUCCAGAUGGCAAUCAACAUAUGCGUUUAGAGUUUGCCCGUAGUAAUACUAAAGUUACUAAACCUAAGACAACAAUUCCUGUUGGUUUUGGUAAUAAUCCACAUCAGAAUGGAGUAAAUCAACCUAAUUCUUUGUCGAAUCUGGGUACUUGUCCAACAAAUAUGAUUUCAACUGGUAAUAUCAGUGGUAUGGUUGCUAAUUUACAACCAUCAAUAUUUGCUCAAUUGGCAGCUACUGGACCAACUAUUGAGACAUCCAAUGGGAUAUUCGCUACGGCGACAGAUGCUUCUACCGCGAUGGCAGCGGCUGCAGCCGCCGCUGCUGCCGCUCAAUGGGCUACAAUCCCUGGCUUACCGUCACUUGCUUCAGCCUACGAAAAUACAGCUUAUUUGUCUUCAGCAGCUGGUUUAGUUCAAGCAAAUAAUUUUCGUACUUUAGUCCCUGGAAGUAUGAACACUGGUACUUAUGGUAUGCAAACUGCUAAUCCAUCAUCUAUUCCCAGUCUACAAAUGGUUCAGGCUGCUAUUGCUCAUGCUAACGUAGCUGCAGCUUUAUGUUCUGCAAAUGCAUCUUCUAUCAGUGGUGGUACAGUUUGUUCACCUUCUACACUUGCUAAUUUAUCACAGCAAAACAAUACACAAGUAUCAUUUUGUAAUACAGGUACAUCAAAUUCUCCAAGUCCUAAUAGUGGAACAGGAUCAUCUCCAGCUGCUGUUUCUGCAUUGUCUCAUAGUACAAAUUCUCACUUAAGAAAUAAUUAUUUUCCUAGUCAUCAGUCAAAUGCAUCGAAUGUUGCCUCAUUUAUGGCACAAUUACAACAACAACAACAAAGUCAGACAUUAGCUACAGUUCAUUUGAAUCAACAUGGAAGUGUCAAUACACCGAAUUCUCCAUUAGGUUUUGCUAAUGUCGUUUCAGCUACAACUGGUCUUCCACCUCAAAUGGCUGCUGCGGCGGCUAUUGGUCUAUUAGGUGGUGGAUAUAAUUCAAUUAUAAAAGAGUUAACAGGAAACGAAGGUCAAUUUCAAUCUGGUCUAUCACCAUAUCAACAAAAUGUUAAUUUUUGAAUCAAAUUAAUUAUUUAUUCAAAUUGUGAAUUAGUGCCAGCUGAACUUCUCACUGUCUAUACAACAAAAGAGAUGAAUUUCCUAACUCAUAUUAUUAUUAUUAUUAUUAUUAUUAUUAUUAUUAUUAUUAUUUGUCAAAUGGUAAUGUAUUCUCAUUGUUGGCUGUGCAAAAGUUAACCCUCUCUAUACAUAUCGAAAGAAAUAUAUUUUAUGUUCAAUUUACAGUUCUCAUUUGUAUUUUACUUAUCCCCACAAACAUUCUAUCAUAUAGAAUGUUGUAUUUUUAUCUUAAAUACUUUUCAUUAACAUUCCGUUAUUACUAUUAAAGAAUAAUGCAAACUGUGUAAUGGUAAGUAGUGAACAACAAUUCUUCUAAUAAAUUAGUUCAUUCUAUGUAUGUAUUUUGUUAGUAAAAUAUAUAUACACUUUUCUUUAUCAGUGAGUAGGAAGGUAGUAGUAUUAUUGUAUUAUAAGAAAAAAACAUAGUGAUUCCGUUGAGAUUAAAACCGUAAACAUAUCAGCAUAGAAACAAAAGAAAAAAUCGAUAAUUUGAACUUUUUUUUUUGUUUUUUCAUCACUGGGAAGUAAACAGUAAAAAAAAAAUUUUUCUGACAUAUUCAUUGAUUCAUUUACAUAAUUUUGUAUUUUCUCUCUGAUAUUGGUUUAUUGGAAUUUUUGUAAGAAAACUUUUUUAUUUAGAACUUCUCAUUAUUGUGUACUUUGUAUCAUUUCCACUUUUUACUUCUUUUUUUUUGUUUUCGUUUUUUAAACUCUGGUUUGUUUACUCGUUUCAUUCUUUUUUUCUUUCUAUUGCUGUUCUGGUCUAAGGUUUUAUAAUAAAUAAGCAUUUUUCUGAUGAAGAAAAAGAAGAAGAAACAAAAAAAAUAUCAUCACUUCACCAUUUAUGUGCUUAUUUCUUUCCCCUUUUUUUUGUAGUAGUGUCUUGGUAUUUUUGUUUUCUUUUUUCCUCGUUUCUAAGGGUGUUUCUUUCCGUUAUUUCUUUCAGUUACCUUCUCUACGUUUUUUUCUCCUAUAUAUAUAUAUAUUUCAUGUGAACUAAUUGUUUAGUUAAAUUCUAUCAUUGAUUUCAGCAUUUUUACUUGGAAUAAUAAAGUAUAUCUCAUAUGUUAUUUUCAUCAAUUAUAAUUUUUCUAGAAGAACUUUUGUUGUUUUUUGCCUUUA